AUGACACCCAACAUUACUGAUUCUGCUCCGGCUGAAGAUGCUACCAACGAAUCCCUUCCUAAUGGAUUUCAUCAAAUAGAAGAACACAACCACGAGCAGAUUCGAAAGUAUGGUUUUGGGACGAGAGCAAUUCAUGCCGGUCAACAACCUGACCCGCAUACCGGAGCUGUUAUUCCUCCAAUUUCACUUUCGACGACUUUCCAACAGUCUUCUAUUGGGAUGCACAAGGGUUUUGAAUAUUCUCGAUCCGGUAAUCCGACACGUCAAUCAUUCGAGGAGGCAGUUGCUGCUUUGGAAAAAGGAAAAUACGGUCUCGCCUUCUCCUCAGGAUCCGCAGUUACCGCAACUUUAGUUAGUUCUCUUGGUUUCGGUGGACAUAUUGUAUCUGUAAACGACGUGUACGGUGGCACGUAUCGAUAUUUCACUAAAGUCGCAGUCAACCAAGGAAUUGAAACAACAUUUGUGGAUUUAAUUGAUCCUAAUAAUAUCAAAUCUGCAUUCAGAACCAAUACAAAGAUCGUAUGGGUUGAAACACCAACAAAUCCGACUCUUCGACUAGUUGAUAUCCGAGCAAUAGCGCGGCUCACUCAUCUUCACGGCGCAAUUCUUGUAGUCGACAACACCUUCAUGAGUCCAUACUUUCAAAAUCCACUAGAACUAGGUGCCGACAUAGUUGUCCAUUCUGUCACCAAAUAUAUAAACGGUCACUCGGAUGUAGUAAUGGGUGUCGCGGUAACAAAUGACCCCGAAAUCAAUGAAAAAUUACGAUUUCAUCAAAAUUCAAUGGGUGCCGUCCCUUCUGCAUUCGACUCAUGGCUCGCGAAUCGUGGUUUGAAAACACUACACGUACGAAUGCGACAACAUCAAGAGAACGCGAUGGCGGUCGCGCGGUUCUUGGAGAAGUCGUAUAAGGUCGAAAGCGUAAUAUAUCCUGGGUUGGAAAGUCAUCCGCAACAUAAUUUAGCGAAGAAACAGGCAAAAGGGUUUGGUGGGAUGGUUAGUUUUCGGAUAAAAGGUGGAUUUGAUAGUGCAAAUAAGUUCUUGCAGAGCUUAAAGUUGUUCACUCUGGCCGAGUCAUUGGGUGGUGUUGAAAGUUUGGCAGAACAUCCUGCGCGCAUGACACACGCAUCAAUAUCAGAAGAAGUGCGGAUAGCGCUGGGUGUAACAGACAAUCUUGUUCGAUUGUCUGUUGGUAUAGAAGACAUAGAAGAUCUAUUACUGGACAUUCAACAAGCACUAGAUGUUGCUGUACCAAGCUUACCUAACUUAAUCUAA